AUGGAGCGCCCUCCCCCUCCCCUCCCAGGGGCGGGGCCAUCGCCACCGCCUCCCGGGGCCGCCCGGCGGGUUCGGGCGUGCGGCGGGGCUUAUGGCGAGCGCCGAGUUGGGGUUCGCCCGGUGCCGGCUGCUCCGUUCCUUGGGCGUCUGCUGCUGCUGGGCCCGGCCCGUUGCCGCCACAUCAAGAAAGCGGAGGCGGCGGAGCCCGGCGAGGCGCUGCGGUACCUGCACUCGGCCGAGCUGGGCGAGGCGCUGCGGGCGCUGGCGGCCGCGGCCCCCCCGGGCCUGGUGCGGCUCUUCAGCAUCGGUAACUCGGGUGGAGGGCGCGGCCCGCUGUUGCUGCGGUUGACGGCCGGGAUGGGCCGCAGCGGAGCGGCGAGGAGCCCGGCGGGCGCCCUACCCGGGCGACCGCAGGUGAAGCUGGUGGGGAACAUGCACGGGGACGAACCGCUGGCCCGGCCGCUGCUGCUGCGCCUGGAGGAGCUGGUGCGGGGCUGGGCCGGCGGCGAGGAACGCAUCAGCCGCCUGCUCAACACCGACCUCUACCUGCUGCCCAGCCUCAACCCCGACGGCUUCGAGCGCCGGGAAGGCGCUUGCGGCGGCGGGGGGAAGGGCGGCCGGGAGAACAGUCUCGGCCGCGACCUCAAGCAGCUUCCCGAUCAGUUCGGAUCCGCAGAGCCGACCUGGAGCCCGUGCCGAGGUGCGAGCCCUCAUCGCCUGAUGUCCCGCAACAAGGUUCUGCUCUCUGGCAAUCUUCAUGGUGGCUCAGUGGUUGCAAGCUAUCCCUAUGAUGACUCUCCCACACAUGAACCCACAGGAGUCUACAGUAAAUCAGCUGAUGAUGAAGUGUUCAAAUAUUUGGCAAAAACUUAUGCCUCACAUCACCUCAUGAGAACUGGCAAACCCAAUUGCCCUGGUGAGGAGGGAGAGACCUUCCAGGAUGGUAUCACAAAUGGUGCCCAGUGGUAUGAUGUAGAAGGUGGGAUGCAGGAUUACAACUACAUGUGGGCCAACUGCUUUGAGAUCACCUUGGAGCUGUCCUGCUGCAAAUACCCCCGACCCUCCCAGCUUCAGCAGGAGUGGGAGAACAACCGGGAGUCUCUCCUUGCUUUCAUUGAGCAGGUCCACAUUGGUGUGAAAGGCUUUGUCAGGGAUGCAGUCACUGGAGCUGGCCUGGAGAACGCGACCAUUAUUGUUGGUGGUAUUGCUCAUAACAUCACAGCAGGAAAAUUUGGUGAUUACCACAGGCUGCUUGUGCCCGGGACCUACAACGUGACUGCAGCUGUAAUGGGUUACACACCAGUGACCAGAGAGAAGGUGAAAGAGAGAGCUGCAACAGAAGUGGAUUUCUUGCAGCGCACUGUGAUGCUACCAGCUCUUAACACCACGCAGGUCACAGCAACGCCUGCUGCCUCAACCAUCACCCCUACCCCAGUGCAGGCUGAGGGGCAGAGCCCAACCUCUCUCCAUCAGCCCAUCCAGCCCGUGGACUUCCGACACCAUCACUUCUCAGACAUGGAGAUCUUCCUGCGGCGCUACGCCAGCGAGUAUCCCGGCAUCACCCGGCUCUACUCCGUGGGAAAGUCGGUGGAGCCGGAGCUCUACGUGAUGGAGAUUUCAGACAACCCUGGAGUCCAUGAAGCAGGUGAGCCUGAGUUCAAGUACAUUGGUAACAUGCACGGGAAUGAAGUUGUGGGGCGAGAGCUUCUCCUGAACCUCAUCGAGUACCUCUGCAAGAACUUUGGCACAGAUCCUGAAGUGACAGAUUUGGUCCAGAGCACACGAAUCCACAUCAUGCCAUCCAUGAACCCUGAUGGAUAUGAGAAGUCCCAGGAAGGAGACCGAGGGGGAACCAUUGGCAGAAACAACAGCAACAACUACGACCUGAACCGGAACUUCCCAGAUCAGUUCUUCCAUGUGCCAGACCCUCCUCAGCCAGAAACUCUUGCUGUCAUGGCCUGGUUACAGGCUUACCCCUUCGUGCUCUCAGCAAACCUGCACGGAGGUACAGUUCUCUGGAAAUUACCCUUUGAUGAUGAUGAACAAGGAAUAGCCAUAUACAGCAAAUCCCCAGACGAUGCCGUGUUUCAGCAGCUGGCACUUCCUACUAAAAAGAAAAACAGGAAGAUGUAUCAGGGAAGACCUUGUAAGGAUAUGUACCCACGAUUCCCACAUGGCAUCACCAAUGGGGCUCAGUGGUACAACGUUCCAGGUGGGAUGCAAGACUGGAAUUAUUUACACACAAACUGUUUUGAAGUGACCAUCGAGUUGGGCUGUGUGAACCCAAAAGCUGAGGAACUGCCCAAGUACUGGGAGCAGAACCGCUCUCUCCUCCAGUUCAUGAAGCAGGUUCACCGUGGUGUCUGGGGCUUUGUGCUGGAUGCUAUGGAUGGAAGGGGCAUUCUCAAUGCCACCAUCAGUGUUGCCAAUAUCAACCACCUAAAGACCUACAAGGAUGGAGACUACUGGCGCCUCUUGGUCCCGGGGACGUACAGAAUCACAGCAUCUGCCCAAGGGUACGAUCCAGUCACUAAGACGGUGGAAGUUGACAGCAAAGGUGGGGUGCAGCUCAACUUCAGUCUGUCACGGACAGACAUGAAAGUGGAGGAGGGGAAGGUGCCAGUCCUGAACACCCCAGACACCAGUGACCCCAACGAGAAAGAAUUUGAGACCCUAAUCAAAGACCUUUCUGCUGAGAAUGGCCUGGAACGCCCGCUCACCUCCUCAGGGGACGUCUCUCCUUACCGAUACCGCCCUUACAAGGACCUCUCAGAGUUCCUCCGAGUCUACCUGAACUACCCCCACAUCACAAAUCUCAGCAGUUUGGGUCAGAGUGUUGAGUUCCGUCAGAUCUGGUCCCUUGAAAUCUCCAACAAGCCCAACCAGUCCGAGCCUGAGGAGCCCAAGAUCCGCUUUGUGGCUGGGAUCCAUGGAAAUGCUCCCGUGGGUACCGAGCUGCUUCUGGCACUGGCAGAAUUUCUCUGCAUGAGCUACAAGAAGAAUGCUGCAGUUACAAAGCUGAUUGACCGGACACGGAUUGUGAUUGUGCCUUCCCUGAAUCCAGACGGACGUGAGAUAGCUCAAGAAAGAGGCUGCACCUCCAAGAUAGGCCAGACCAAUGCUCACGGCAGAGACCUGGACACAGACUUCACAAGUAACUAUUCCCGGUACUCGGGGACACGAGAGCCUGAGACCAAAGCCAUCAUAGACAACUUGAUAUUGAAGCAGGAUUUCAGCCUCUCUGUUGCUCUAGAUGGAGGAUCUCUGCUUGUCACUUACCCAUAUGAUAAGCCAGAACAGACAGGUAUGAACAAAGAAACACUGAAGCAUUUGGCAUCUCUGUAUGCAAACAACCAUCCAGUGAUGCAUUGGGCCAUCCCAGGCUGUCCAAUAAGUCAGGAUUUCAAGCGUUACUUCGGCCACUGUCCUGAGAUCACUGUUUACACCAGCUGCUGUUACUUCCCAAGUGCAGGACAGCUUCCCAGCCUGUGGGCAGACCACAGGAAAUCUCUCCUGAGCAUGCUCGUGGAGGUUCAUAAAGGACUCCAUGGCUUUGUCCAAGACAAGAGUGGCAAGGCAAUUUCUAAAGCUAUCAUUGUUCUCAAUGAAGGCUUGAAGGUCUGUACUAAAGAAGGUGGAUAUUUCCAUGUGCUGUUGGCUCCAGGUUUGCAUAGCAUUGAUGUCAUAGGAGGAUACCAGCAAAACAUGUCCAAGGUGUUUGUACGUGACAAUGCACCCACCUCUGUCCUCAUUGUGUUUGACAUGGAAAACAGGAUGAUUGGCCUGCCGAGGGAGCUGGUUAUAACUGUUGCAGGUGCAAGUAUGUCUGCUCUGGUCCUCACUGCCUGUAUCAUCUGGUGUGUCUGCUCAAUAAAGUCCAACAGGCACAAGGAUGGAUUCCACCGCCUCAGGCAGCACCACGAUGACUACGAGGACGAAAUCCGCAUGAUGUCCACAGGCUCCAAGAAAUCCCUCCUGAGCCAUGAGUUCCAGGAUGAAACAGACACUGAAGAAGAAACAUUAUACUCCAGCAAACACUGACACCUCCAGGGCAGGACAGGAGGUUCCCAUGGACCAGACCUGGUGGUGGGGGACAGUCCCUGUGGUUCAGUUUGAAACAUUAGCUGCAGGAUGUCCUCCAGAGGUGUGGGUGACAGCUCCCAACUUCUCUCUGGUGUUUGCUCUGUUCCUAUGUACAGGCAUAUCAGUGGGUGAGAGAGGUUGUGCUUGGGCUAAGGACGUGGCUUGUUUACGUUUUUAAGUCAAGUUCCUGGAGGUUCACAAUGAUGUGUUAUGAAAGGCAACCUAACAGGGUGGCCAGCAGAGUUCCCAGCACUCCCCAGCAUCUCAGCAGAGUGAGCAGAUGGUGGGGAAGUGCCCCCAAGACCCGCAUGAGGUCAUGGUUACAACACUCCAAAGCAGUUUCUCUACCUGUUUUGAUUUCAUGUUUUCCACUCUGUACUCAAAGGGGAGCCAGAUCUUUCACUUGACUCCAUGUCCUUCAGAGCAGCCCUGCAAAAAAGACUUACUGGUUUUUCAGGUGCUCCUUUGGAGUUUUUCCCCAACAUGAGAUGCUGUGGCCUACCCUAGUUGUGGAGCACCUCUAGUGUCUUGCUAGUUCCAGGCAGUGACUUGGCAUCCUGAAUAGCUUGGGGGAGAUGACACCCCAUUCUGGAGCUGGAAAAGGAGCAAAUGUUGUCAGAGCUUUAGGGAACCCUGACAAAGUUCAUUUGCUUUCCAGAGAAAGAAACUUAAUCCCCCUCGUCCCCAGUUGCUUCUCGUUUGUGUAGUAGUCUUGACCUUUGGGGUCUCACUUUAGUGUCACAACCCUUUGGGUCUGAAAUCACAGCUGAAGAUUGCUGUAAGCAACUGGAUAAACUGAUUGUGGUGGGUAUUGUAGAAAAGUGAUCAGUUUUGCUUAAGUCCACUGUUAUUCAGGAGGAAACAGUGACAUCUGACCACUGCUUUGUAUUUGAGUGUUGUUGGAGCAGCAGGGAGAGGUCAUGGGAGUAUCCAUGGCCCAACUUUAGUCUUAAAUUUUGAAGAGAAGUUGCACCCUUUGUCCAUCUAACACCAUUUAGUGAUCAGAGCACUUUGGAAACAGCCUCUCAAUUAAGCUCUGGUGAUGGUAGGCAUGGAAUUAGCCUGCUGGCUUGGCUUUCUUCUCUUCCUGCAGCAUCCCUGAAGGAUGUAGCAAGAGCUCCACCUGCUUGUGUGUUUGCAGUUGUGUCUGCAGCUUGGGGACCUGUGUGCAAGUCAUGAGUCAGGGCUUAAAGGGCUGUGCUGAAAGAGAAGGGGAAAGCAGCCAAAUUCUUUUUUGUAGCACUUGGUAGGAAGUUGGAAGGAGGAGUCUCAGCCUGCAGCCCUAAAACACAGUAGGUUUGUGGGGAAUAGAAGGGAUGCCCAGAGAAAUGAAUGGCUGAAAUGUUUCAUUUCCAAAGCUUUUAGGCAUCUCUGAUAUUCCUGUGCUUUCUCAGCAGAAGGCUGGGGUUAGAAUAGGCACUUAGUUUCUUGCUGCUUCUUUUUUAAUUCUUGCCCCACUAAUCCAAGCUCUAGGGUGCAGGAUUCUGGCACAGUGACUGGGACAUCUACCUUGCCCUGAGCUGAUCUGUUCUCCAGCAGUCUGGGGAGGUUCACAGGUGAAACCUGCUCGUGGUGUUAAUGGUGGGGUGGUGACACCCAAGUGUAUGAUGGGGUCUGUUCUCUAGGGCUCUGACCUGGUCUUCUCUGGGGGAAUAGUGCCUCAGGUUCCCUGUCAAAGACUGUGGGAAGGGAGCUGUUCCUCACCUCUGCCCUUCCAGAACAUACCUGCGGCCAUGCUCAUCUCAGCUGAUUUUGUGCAGCUAUCUGGGGAGGACAAAGAGAACCCUUAGGCACAUCUACACCUUCUUCUCUGUUCCAAAGGGAAUUACAAGAAAUGUGUGACUGGCUGGGGAGGUGUGCUAGAAACAGGGAAAUGAGAUUGAGCAUUCCCCAUGCUCUUGCCCCAUAUUGCUGUGGUGUGAAGGAGCUGCUCGUGUUGCCUCCCUUCUGCAGGAGCCCUGCACCCCUCCUGCCUGCUCCCAGCUCCCUGGGAUGAGCAGGGGAUGGGCUUUGACCCAGUCCAUGGCCCUGCCCUCCAGCACACAGUACUGCUAACCUAAUCUCCAAGCUUUUUCUGCUUCUGAGGCCUCUAACAAGAAACACAGAUUGGGUUUUACGUUAAAGUUCAGUUUGCAAACAGCUCUUAGGGCUCUGUUGGGGUUUUGUUUGUGCUGGCCUUGCUUUGUCCCAGUAGCAAUAAGCCUCAUCAGGAAUCAGCCCUUUCCCUCCAUGAGUGUUUGAACUGGGACUGGGGUAUUUUUAAGGUGAGUGGAGCUGAGAUGUUCUGGAGAUGUGUGAGACUUCUCUGUGCAGCUGGGGGGGGUUCGGUCUGGCUCUCCCUCUGUGCUCUCAGAGCUGGGGAGGCAGCAGUGUCCCCUCACUCUCUGUCUGUCUGUCCGUCCAUCCAUCCUUUCCCAGGCGGGACCUCCUGGUUCUGGUGAGGAGCUCGUCCCUGGAGCGGGUCGGUCCGUGCACUGUGCCUUCAAACCUCCGUUUUUACAAGGGACUCGAACCGCUUUCCCGGGCAGAGAGGGACGGGACGGGGGGAGGCAAAGCCUGGCCUGACCCUGCCCUCAGCCGGGAGCUCUGUUUUUUACCUGUAUCCUGAGACCCAAUAAUCUGUAUAAAAAUAUUUUGACCUCCA